AUGCCGAGCUUCCUGCUACAUGGUCUUCCCAUGAGGCUGUGCAUGAGCCUGGCCAGUGUCCUGCUCCUGUGGAACACAGUGCCUGACAUUAGAGGAGAAGCCAAGGAAGAGAAGGGAAUGACCGUCCUGCCUACCAGUAUAACAGGUAAAUGAGCAGGAGAGAAGAAGGAGGAAGGGCUGGCGUUUCUCGCUUCCACAGAGUUGCCCGCAAGGUCUGUGGAUCUGUCUGCACUUAACCUGACGGAGUUUGUGAACAGGAUGCUGAGCAGAGCUUUCAAAGAGAGCAAGCAGUUCUUCUCCCUGCUGACCAUCACCUCCUAUAGUUCCUUUGCCUUCCACAAGGUUUCCAUGGCUGUCUACAACAUUUCUAAUCUGAAGACAGUGGACCCAGCCAAAUUCCCCACAAGAUUCUGCUACUGUCUCAAUAAUCGGACCAAUGACCUAUCAGAUUUCACAGCCCUCCUCAUAGACAUCACGGAGAACUCCACUGGCUCCCUCACAGAGGUUUUCAGGUCCACCUCCCUCCUCUCAGUGAGCCAGACCAAUGAGUCCGACUGCAUCUUCAUCUGUGUGAUGUCAGGGAAGGCAGGAAGGAACCUUUCUGACUUCUGGGAGGUGGCAGAGAAAUCCCCUGUCGUCAACUACACAUUUACGAGCAGCAUGUCUGGUGUUCUAGGUGCAGCUACCAGGGUAACCACCAGUUCUUCCAAGCCUGUAACCCAAAUCCAGCAAAUGCUGCUGAGGACAAGCCCCGCACACCCACUGUCUGCUCUGGGGACGCCCCUCUGGAGAGAGACAGCUACUGCUUCAGUGAGAGUGCUGGCAGAGCCUACCAGGAGAGUGACUGGGACACCACGGGAGACCACGGACAGACAGCCUUGGGCUUCUAUGCUGUCCACGCCGAGGGUUCAGACUACGGGGCCUUCCUGGGAAACUCACUCCUCCACACCAACAUCUGCGGAGGCCCAAGAGGCCAGGAGCACAGAGAGCUUUCUAGAGCCUGCUGGGAUAAUGGCCAGGCCCAGCAGCCCAGCCCAAGCUAGCCCAAGCUCAGGAACAGUCACGGCUAGCACGCAGACUCUGAGUCCAACCAAGGCACCAGCUCCGAAAGAUCUGCAAACAGGUGAUCCCCCUGCAGAGUGGCUGCCCACCCCUGGGAAAAAGCCAGCCUGGGUCCUGGCUCUGCACCAAGCAUCAAGGUGUCCUCAGCCACUCCUCAAAGAGGGGACCAUGACAGCUGCCCCCAUCACCCUGGCUUUGCAGAAGCUCAACCCUUGCCUGAUGGAGCUGUGUCGCUUCUUCCAGCAAUGCCUCUGUGGGAGCCGGAGGUGGAAUCCUAUGACAGAGUCUGUGAGGUACUGCCUGGAGUAUUAUUCCUGGUUUCUGAAGAACGCAACCUUCAUCUGUCAGAUGGUGAAGAGGGUAUCCCACUCGCACACCUUGAAGCAGAAAUGCCUGGAGAACAUCUGCAAGUCAGUGUGAGGACCGAGCAAGGACUUCAGGCAGCAACUCUUCCCCUUGGGCUUGUCCCAACUCCAUCACACAGGCUCCAGCUAGAUCAUCCAUGGAUUGAAAGUGUUUCUUUUUGGAAGUUGUCCCUUUUUCUGCCCUUUGGACCUGUGUACAGUAUUGAAGGUAGAGGCCUCACGAUUAAUGCAGUGACGCUGUACUCCCCUACCUGCUUCAGUCAUGGGAACCUAAUGUCUAUGCUCAAGAAAUCCCUAUAAUGUUUGCAACCAUUCAGUAAUGGAUAAUCAGGCAAGGGUGUGCACACUUUUCCAAACACACCAGUCCAACUCAGAAACUCUGACACCAUGCCUGCAGUGACUUAAGGGCAGGACUUCAAAGGAUAAAUUGAAGAGAAAAAAACUGAAUCUAUACUCUGGAGAAAAGCACAUAUGAUUUUGUUAUUCAGUUAACUAAAACUGUAUUAUGCACAACUAAUCUGACUUGCCAUACUACAGGAUCUAGAGAAUCUUUCAAACCCUUAGGUAAGAGAUGAUGGAAACUUUCAUCAGAAGGAGGCGUAGAGAGAUGUCUCAGCUGACAUCUUGUCUCCAUUCCUCUUCUGUGCAUCCCACUGCCUCCAAGGUCCCCAAGAGCAUCCUCUGGCUCAGUGAUUCACUAGUGAAAACAACUGCUGCAUUCAUACUUACCGCUUACUAUAGCAAAGGGAUGCAGAGACACCUGCAAAUGUAAAAGGCAUGAACAGCGGCACCCAGGAGAGCCCAGGCACAAGGCCUCAGGGCUCUUCCCUCCCUGGGUGACACAGCCUGCACUUUCCCCCCUCAGCAGUGUGCAUGGAUCAUGGUCUCCCGGGAAGCACAUGAGCCUGGAGUCCGAGGGUUUUAUUAAAGGCCAGCCAUGUAGGGCUGGAGUGCCUGUGUGGCUGAACUUGCUCACUCCAGGUCCAGCGCCUCCUGAAGUCAAACUGAUGCUACAGGAUCAAAGAAUCUGCUUGCUCUCUUUUUUAGGUCAAGUCCCUCGUCACUAUUUCCAUGUCUGCUGGUGCUCCAGUUCAGAUAGCAGGCUCUGUGAAAGCAUUACUAGGCAGGUGCUGUUUUCAUGGAUCCUUUUUUCCUUCCUCGCCAGGGAGAGCUUUGGUCCUGGUGUGCCUGGGGAUCCACCUUAACACUCUGCCCAGGCCUCAGUUUUCUACUCCUUGGUGAUCUAUGGUGGCCCUUUGGUGAGAAAAGUCACUUUCUGUUCAAAAUCCAAGUACAAAACAGGACGUGUGAGUGUCCUGGCCCUAUCUAUGUAAAAGGCAGUCUCUGGGGAGGAGUGGUUAGGUACCUCCCUGCCAGUUCACUUCGACAGCUUCCUUUUUAGUUUCCAGAACACCAAAGAGACCCUCAAAAUUAUCCAAUGUCUAAUUCAUAGACACUUGUCAUCAUGACUUUGGGCCCUGCAAAAAGCCCUUUAGUCUGCAAAGAUGAGGUGGACACAGCAAAUUUUCCAGGGCAAAGAGACUCCUUCCUGGAUCAAAAUAAAAGGAACAGUCCCUUUCAUUAGGCAUGGAUGACUCUGAUGAGAACUUCCUCAUGGAAGAAGCUGAUAUUAAGGACCGUGGGUUGGCAAGGAUACCUUGGUUCUUACAGAGUAACUUAUCACAGGGAAGUGGGAGGACAGACUGCUGGCCUGGACCGAAAAGCAAUGCUGUUUGCUCAGGGUCAGCCCAUGUACACUCCACUGCCCCAUUCUUUGAGAUAAUGACUGAGCGAAAAUGUGGACAAGGGUCUGACCCGGCAUUAGGAGCAAAGGCUCCGAGCACAGGAAAAAUCGAGUGGGACCAGCUUUCUACCACCAUGCCACCUGUCACAGCGGCAGCCACGGCAGGGCUAA